AUGGGUACCCCCGAUAGCUAUUUGCCUCCCACCCUGAGCGUAGAGAUUAUUACCACGUUGAUUCUUGCCCUUGAUCUUCCUGCCCCCAGCUCCAUCGAACCGCUCCAGGUGACUGCCGCCUUCCAUUCCAUCUACCUAAUUCAUUUUCCUUCUCCAGAUGCAGUGUCUGCACGACCUAACCCUGAUGGCACCGUCAUGCUCGUGCUUCGUGUCUCCGGUCGUCAGCUGCCUGGCAUCAAGACCCGUAAUGAGGUAGGGGUCAUGACCUGGAUCCGUCAAAAUACCUCAAUCCCCAUCCCAGUCAUCAUUCGCUAUGAUGCGACGGAGAAUAAUACAAUUGGACAUGAGUUUACGCUUCUAGAAAAGGCUGCUGGGGUCAGCGUGGAUCAGAUCUACUCCACGCUGUCUGACUCCGUUAAGACACAAAUGGUUCACCAACUCACGGAGUACCUUAUCGAGCUGCACGCGCAUCCCUGGCCUGAGGGAUACGUGGGGGGUCUGACGCUGACCUUGACAGGUCAGGUUGCGCGGGGACCCCCCAUCGACGAGAAUUUCUGGCAGACGCCGAACCUGGAGAAGUACUGGUCUGCAUCCGCCGGGGUCAAGGGAGAGGAGACAUUGGAGAGCCUCAAUCCCGUUCCUGCAGAGGGGUUUCCAAGUUACGUGGCUUAUACCAUCGGCUUCCUCGAGCGGUACAUCCACGCAAUUGAGGCUCACCCGUCCCUUCAGCCAUACCGUGACCUUGUCCCGCGGAUCCGCGUGUUUAUGGCACAGCUGCAGGAAAAUCAAGCCGAGCUCAACCGCGUGGCCCAUGUACUGGCCCACAAGGACCUGCAUUUCGCGAACGUCAUGUGUGACCCCGAUCAGCCAGGGUGCCCUAUCACGGCUGUAUUGGACUGGGAGUUCAGCGGGGUGGUCCCGGCCCCUCGGUGGAAUCCCCCACGAGCGUUCCUCUGGAAUAUGAAAUGGGCCCCGGAAGACAAGGCGGAACAGACCCGGAUGAGGCAGUUGUUUGAGAAGAUCUGCCACGAGAAGGGAGCAGGGCACAUCUUGGAGGAGACACAGUUGAACGCACGGCAGGAAUUGAUGCAGACAGCAGUCAACCACAUUCGCGCCAUUGUUGAGGUUUGCCCGCGGGGCCAGGCACAGGAUCGUGUCGCCCACUGGCGGGGGGUGGCGGAAGCUGCCAUGGAGGCGUUUACAGUGUAA